UUUGCUCGACCUCUCAGUCACUAUAUUUUAACCCAGUUAUUUUAAACGUGGAACAUAUAAACUGCGCUGUCCUUUACAAAAACUGUAAUCUCUUAAAUUAAGCGAUUCACAUCACACUUGUACACUGUAGGCGCUUUUAACAAAGUUGAAUUUCCAAUAUGGUUGGAGAGGUUGUUGUUGUUGAGCAGAUUGUUGUCAUGUCCCCACAGUGCCUGUAGUGGUGCUGUGAGGAGUCUGCUGUGGCUCCAACAAAUAUCCUCAGCAGCCUACCUACUGCUAGUAAUUUGCUCCGGAUAGCACAUAUUUAUACACAUUCUCAUUUCAAGAUACACGGACCUCGAUGAAGAUCACUAUUACUAUACUGUCUCGAAUAUCGAUGCACAAAUAGCCUAACUGAUUCUAAUAGACUUUUCGGCCGCCUGUGUGGAUCGAAUAGCGUACACAGCCCAUACCAAUUCAAGCUGAUGUUGUCAAGGACAAGAGUCACGUGAUGUAUGAAGGCAAACACAUACACUUCUCAGAGGUGGACAAUAAGCCGUUAUGCUCGUACAGCCCAAAGCUCUGCAAGCAGCGCAGACUUAAUGGCUAUGCUUUCUGUAUCCGGCACGUUCUGGAGGACAAGACCGCCCCCUUCAAGCAAUGUGAAUAUGUGGCCAAAUACAACAGCCAGAGAUGUACCAACCCAAUCCCCAAGUCUGAGGACCGCAGGUACUGCAACAGUCACCUGCAAGUUCUCGGCUUUAUCCCCAAGAAGGAGCGGAAAAAGAAACAUGAUGCUUUGGAAGAAAUGCGCACACAGGCUCACCUGGAGUCAGUGGCACUCAACAUAACUGUGCCCUCUCUAGCUCUGAAAGCUCCAAAUGGUCUAGAUGAACUUCCGCCAUCUCCCCCCUGUACACACUUGUUACCCCUUCCUGAUGGGGAACUCCUGGACCCUUUUGCCUUUUAUGAGGAUGGCACCGAUGGUGAAGAGGUGAGUACUCCUCGGAAGAGUAAUGCCAUCAAGAAGAAAUUACAUAGUCGGCUGGUGCUCAACGAGAAACUCUGCCAUGACACAGACCUCUUCCAGCCACCUUCAGAGCACUUUAGUCCUUCCCCUGUCCCCCGUGUCCAUCCUUCCUCGCCGAUCAGCGUUCAUCUCCCACGGCAGCAGUCAGGUCUUCUCCAGCCGCCUCAGCACUCCAGUGUGACUUCCGUCAUCUUCCCAGGACAGCAGCAGGGUUUAUUAUGCAAUCCACCACCACCUCAGACGGCCAACUUUCUGCCUCCAGGGAUAACUUCUAAUGCAGUACCCAGUCCAGUGCAACCUUCUGGGCCAUCACUCGGCAGGAAAAUACCUUUCACUGCUACUCCCAUGCCUGUCAGUUGCAAGGACAGUGGCAGUAACAAUCAACGGCAUGUGGUUGUGAUGCGUCCUGCUGCCUUCUCACCUUCUGCCACCUGUUUGGCCAGGUUGCAGCAUCUUGUGCAGCUCUGCGCCAAGAGACAGCGGGAGCACGGAGAUCUGUUUCCUCAUCUAGGAUUGGACUGGUCAGAAGACAGUGCGGAUGAUGAGGAGGAGGAGGAAGCAGACAGACUUGCUCCUUUUCACACCUCUUGGAGACCACAAAAUGGGCUGGAAGGCGACAUUGGUUCCUCCCGGAGAACACGGCUACUUAGGCUCUGCUCGUACCUCCAGGAGAAGUACAAGCACAUGUGCAGGCAGGAGAGGGCGAGUAUCCGCCAAAAGAGAUACCGCUAUGCCUUCCGCAAAGCCUUGCUGCACGCUGCCAGUAACAGUCCCAACUGUGCUGGGCAGCUGAUCCAGGAGCUGCAUGGUGCCUCUCAGAGCUUCUCAAGUGUGGCUCCAGCAAGGCAGCAGAACACAGAUGCUGGGACCUGCACUGGCAGUACAAAGGGCCAGGCGUGCAGUGACAGAGCUUUGCCCUUCACUCAACACUGCUUUCAGCACAUUCUGUUGAAUCGCUAUCAGCAGCUCUUUGCUAGUUGCACAGCCAAGUUUGCAGAUGGUCAGCAGUGUUCCAUCCCUGUGUUUGAUAUCACGCACCAGACACCCCUCUGUGAAGAGCAUGCCAAAAAGAUGGAUAACUUUCUGCGUGGGGAUGGAAAUCGACGAGUGCAGCACCAGCAACAGCGAAAGCCACGUAAAAAGACCAAACCACCGGCGCUCACCAAAAAACACAAGAAAAAGAGGAGGAGAGGACCACGUAGGCCUCAAAAACCCAUCCCUCCAGCGUUGCCACAGGGGAACCUGGGAAUGCCUUCUACAAGCCUAGCAAUGCCCUCGCAGGCUAGCAUCAGGAGCCCUUCAACUCCAGACCUGAGUACAGAUGAGCUUCCUGACGAUAUCACCAAUGAUAUAGCAGACAUUCCAAAUGACCUGGAGCUAAACCAGGAGGAUUUCUCUGAUGUGUUACCCAGACUACCUGAUGACCUGCAGGACUUUGACUUGUUUGAAGGUAAGAAUGGGGAGCUCCUUCCCACCACAGAAGAGGCCGAGGAGCUGGUGCGUGCUCUGCAAGCUAUGGGGUCCUACCCAGACUCUUUGGUGUGCCUGACUUCCAUGGGAGACCUGGCCCCUUCUGAAGGAGUGGACCACCGAGUUAUGACUGUGUUUCCUGGUCCGGUCCAGCCGGGGACCAUGGGGGACCUGCUCAACAGCCGCAUCCCUACAGAGAACUUCACCAGCCUCGAGCUGGAGGACAAUAUACUGCAGUCUACUGGGGGUCACUUUCCCCCUUCACCUCCAUCUCAGCCUGCUGACCAGCCCCCAACUUCGUGCUCCAACCUAACCUCAUCUUCUUCUGCAGUAGCCCCCUCGACCACCUCCCUGCUCACUCAGACCUCCAUAACGGAGCGAAUGUUCUCCCGAACCCACACAUCCCAUGUACUGGCUAAGCCGGAUGCACCCACAUCAUCUCCCCAGGGCAGUCACUACAGCAGCGAGCAUGUGCCAUCCCCAUACAGUGACCACAUAGCCUCUCCCCAUGCCAGCUCCUUCCAGACUGACACACCUCUGCUGCUGGAAGUCCCUCUCAGUGGGGUACCAGGACCCCCACGCUCAUGGAAUAAUCUCCCUCUGCCCCUCACUGACCCCACACAGUUUGGCAAUCUCAUAGGGUCAGAAAGUCAUCUCAUAUCAACCUCCCUGUCCACUCCCCCAGCCACCACCCACUCUGUGACACUGCAGCCCAUGGCUGCCCUCUCACCGAUGCCUCAGAGUGGCUUGACAGGUAUAUCAACUCCCCCUGCUCCCUCAGCCUCCUCACAUGAUCUUCUGACCUCCACACAGCCCAAGCAACAGCUCCCUCAGUUCAGCGCGGCCUUUGGCCAUCAGUUGGCCUCCCACAGUGGCAUUCCGAAAGAUGUGCAGCCCAGCCACAGCUCCAUAGCGCCCCCCGCUGGCUUCUCCAUAGUUAGUGCCACUGCUGCAAGUGCCAACAGCACCACACCACCUUUCACGCAGAGUAAAUGAGAGCAGGCAGCCUGCAGCAACUGCGUGAUGGUCCGUGGACCCACAGUCACUUACAAUCCACCCGACUGGCUUCUGAUCGACUAGCCCUGUUCGUCUACUACAUGUGUGCAAUGUGGUGAUAGUGCACUAUUUGAUAAUGAAUUUGCACAACCUCAGAUUUUUUCCUCAAAUUUUCUAUUUUUGUUCUUUUACUCUGUAGCCAGGUGAUCACUGGGAUUUUAAGUGAGUGUGAGUCCACUCGUUUAAUGCCUUGUGGUUUCAUCAGCAGGGGGUUACAGGCAGAUUUUGAGGUGAAAUAAAUGAAUGGGUGAAAAUUGGCAGAAGGACCUUUCCAGAAAUGAUCUGUCACAGAGCUCAGAAUUCAUAGAUGCCUCAAUCAGUGGUUGGGGUUAUUUGCUUUGCCAGUUCAAGUCCCAUCUUAAAAUGAUCAGCUGCACCCUGCCUUGCUCAGAUGGCCAUUGCAUUUUGUUUUUUUUAACCAGUUUCAUACACUGCUUCUGUCACUCUAUGAAAAACAAGAGUAUAGGUUGUGAUAUUUGUGAUCCAUUAUGUUUCAAGCUAUUUAAAUGUUAUCAUGAUAUAGAAUCUUACUGAGUCAGAUUUCACAGUCAUAUGAAUUUACCAAAAUACUUUUAAACAACUGUUUUUAUAUUGUGUAUACUGUAUAUGUGCUCAUUUAUUGGUUUGCUCAGAUGUCAAAAUCUCUGACCUCACCAUUGGUUGUGGGACUCUGAGUGGCCUAGUAGACACUUGAAGGUAAACAUAGUUUCUUAAAGCAAUAAACACAUUCACAUAUCUUUAGCAUCAUAAGGUAUUUAUCUCAUCACAUGUAGCUUCACUUGCUGAAUCCAGACUAGAUCAGGAAUAUAUUUUGGCCACAGUUUCACUCGGAUCUAAAGCUAUAUGCUGUCAAGGUCAAAAAUAGGCUCUAGUUCUAUAGACCAGUGAUCAGGCCAGCCUCUUCUUUUGGGUCAUAAUGACUGGAUUUCUGAGGCUUCAGUGUUAUGGUAAGGGUGAUGAUAGAGUAAACCAGGGACUUUUAAGUGUCUACUUUCAAAGGUGCUCUCUGGUCCACAUACAAUGGUACUUAGUGACUUGCAUGUCUCAUAAAAGGCUAAUUCAGUUUCAGGCCUCCAAGGAAACCCACAGUAAGCCAUACUACAAAAAAGGCAUAGGUGGUGAAUUGGCACUGGAAAUUUUUUUUUUCUUCUUAAUUGAUGAGUUUGGUAAAAUAUGAUGGCAUAAAUUGGUGUGUGGAGCACAUCGGAGAUGUGCUUUACUGUAUGCUUUACUCUAGUGAUCUUAAAUGAUGCAAAACCUGGGGUCUGAUUUUAAUUUUAAAAAGGACUCAGCUACUUGACUAAUAGUGAUUCAUACAGCAGUACAACCAUGAUUUUUGAUAGAUAUUAUAUUAGACAGAUUGUCAGACAUUGUUGAGUAUUAGGUAUAUAGAGUAGCAGUCUCUAUCUUGGGGUUUGUUGGUGAAUUAUUGAGUACCAAUGGAUUGAAAUUGUUCUUUGCAUUGUAUUCAGUGGAACCUGUGUCUUGUAGAAUGAGUCUUAUUUUUAAUGGCUAUCAAAAUGGUUAAAGGUUCUCUUUAAAGUUGGAGGGAUCAAUGUUUGUAUGCUGUCAUUUAAAAAAAAAAAUAUAUAUACUGAUGGAGAAUAUUUUUGAUAGCUAUUAAACUCCAGGUAGAAGCCUGAGAUUGCAUGGGGCAACAACCUUUUGUGUGAAAGCAUUAUAAUUAAUAUUAGAUUAUGGUCACUGGCUUGAUUCUUGGUGGAAUGAAACAUUGGAUUAUAUGCAUUUCAUUUCAUUUUGUGGGGUGGGGGGAAAAGGCAGAUCAACAUAUACAGUAUGUUUUUCAACAGAUUUGCACAGGAGUGGGUGAGGCCGGUUGAGUUUCACAUCACAUGACUGUCUUGCCUUUUUUUUUUUUUUUUGCUCAGAUGCUCAUUAAAUGAAUGGCUGCCAUCAUUACCAGCUCUGAGCCUGCACCACACCCCUGUUUCCAUCUGUGAGAAGGCCUAGUUCUGUCUCUCCCUUCCAAAGAGAAAACACAUGAAGUGUAAACCUGUAGCUCCACCAGAGACGACUGGGCUUCUCAGUGACUGCAUUGUUUGUCACAAAUACAGCGCCCAUUAACAGCUCCAAAAAAAAAAAAAAAAAGGGUUGGAUGAAAAUGUUUGCUAGGCAAUACUGCUGUAUCCACAUAGCAUGAGAUUAGUUGCUGCACCAGUUUGCUCUCCCAACAAUAUAGAACAAAAUUAACAGGGCUCGUAGGCACGUAACUGCUUGGAAUUCAGAGAUGGCUGACAAAUUCCUAUUCUCAUUGAAUGUACUGUAAUACUGUUUUUAAAGAUAGGAUGAGCUAAUCUAGUCACCUUUUAUUAUUGGUCCUUGUUUAAUUUGUCUAAGGUAUUUUUUGUAUACAAAGGUUUACAUUUUUAUGUAUAUUUUUCUUGUGUACAAAUUAUGUAAGAUAUGUACAAACACUAUGUAAUAUCUGUAUA